AUGUCGGGCGAGCGACGUCCGCCGUCGCUGUGCGAUCCGGCGCUCCUGCCCAGCAUCGUGCCGCGCAUUCAGACCAUCGCGCAACUCUUGCUGCAGGCGCGCGACACACCGCUAGCCCAGGAUGAGCACGACGACACGCACGUCCACAGCGCAGGCGCUGAUGCGUCCAUGACCGAGGCACCGCCGACGAGUCUCGCUCUCGGCACGAUCGCGAACGACGACGACGACGACGGCGGCGCAUGGACGCAGAUGGCAUCGACCGGCAUCUCGAUGCACCGCAUACCCACAUCGAUUCUCGCGCGACUCGCGCACGAGACAGCGCAGCUCCCAUCGACCUUCGCGGCCGCGCACGAAGCGGCCGAAGCGGCGCCAGGCGCCGAUAUGAGCCUCGACGACCAGCACGCCCUCCUCGCCAAGCUCGAGGCGUACGCACAGCGGCAGCGGGACAUGCAGGCAACGUGGCAGCAAAGUCUAUCGCGCAUUAUGGAGUGA